AUGUCUUUCUUGCCACGAUCAUUCAUAACCAGCGAUCACUCCACACUUCCUCCCAUCUUUCGACUCUUGGAUGAGGUAGAUCAGUACUCACGGACAAUUGAUCGGUCUCUGCAGUCCCAGCUCCAAACAUUUACACCCAAAUUCGAUGUGAAGGAGCUCGCUGAAGCGUUUGAACUACAUGGUGAGCUCCCCGGAAUUGAUCAAAAAGAUGUCGACAUCGAAUUCACGGAUACUUCUACGCUCACCAUCAGAGGUCGUUCUGAAAGCAAUCUGAAGAAAGAUGUGUCAACAACAGCAAACGUAGAAGAAACCCGAUCUCAAAAUAAGACUUUCCAAGCUACGGUUGAGGAUGCGGAAGGAAACCAGAAAGAUAUAGCAACAGUUGAGAAGUCUGAAGGCAUGAACAAGCAUCCGAACGAGAAAUUCUGGAUAAUGGAACGAAGUGUGGGAGAAUUUUCGAGGUCAUUUUCAUUCCCGGUGCGAGUUGACCAGGAUAACGUAAAGGCCAGCAUGAAGAAUGGCGUUCUGAGUGUCGUAAUACCGAAGCUGAAAAAGCAUGAAAGUCGCAAAAUUUACAUUGAGUAG